GUCAUCCAAUCGUCCACGCCCAGGACCACCACCGCCGCCAUGGAUAUCCGCGUUCUGCAGCUCUCCGACAUCCCCCAUGUCCAACAAACGAACAUCACGAACCUUCCCGAGAACUACUUUUGCAAAUAUUACAUGUACCAUGCUCUGAGCUGGCCGCAAUUGAGCUAUGUAGCAGUCGAUGUUUCGCGACCUCAGAAGACACCCUACGAUGCGCCCAAAAUUGUCGGCUACGUCCUUGCGAAAAUGGAGGAAGACCCGUCAGAUGGGAUACAGCAUGGACACAUCACUUCCUUGAGUGUGAUGAGGACACAUAGGCGACUAGGAUUGGCAGAGAAGCUUAUGCGACAAAGUCAACGGGCCAUGUUCGAGACAUUCGGCGCAAAAUACGUAUCGCUACACGUACGUGAAUCAAACAUUGCAGCACUUUCGCUAUAUCGGGACACACUGGGUUUCAAAGUUGUCGCAACGGAGGCCAAGUACUACGCCGAUGGAGAAGAUGCGUAUAGCAUGCGUAUGGAUCUGGACUUCCUGCGAGAAGAGGCGCUGGACGAUGAGUCAGAUGACGAGAUCGCGAAGGAUGAAGGAGAUGAGGUCGGGAGUGCAGGCAAGGCCGGAGAUGCUGGGCUGAAAGAGAAGAAGAGAAAGGUGAAAGUGGGGAGACAAUUAGGCGUUGGAGAGCUGGUGGAGCGGAAUGAGAGCUCGCAACCUGCAUGAGGAGCUGCUCCGCGCGCUUAGAGUGGAGCAAUGUCAUGAACAAAGUCAGUGCCGCUGGCAAAGCCAAACAUCAGCUACGCUGGCCGUUUGGCGAUGGCCACAUCUGCAGUGAAGAAAACCUGUCAUCACGAAGACGAGGCAAGUGGCUCGGAAGCCUAGGCCUAUAGAGCAGUAGCCAUGGCUUUGUCUCCAUCAGACCAGCUUUGCGACUACCUCGUAGAGUAUUAGGUGCUGAUAUCAGUCAACAGGCCCGCGAAAAACUGUGGUAGGACAGCCAAUCGAAUACAUUCGACGAUGGCUUCAUGCCAACUCUCGAUCUCGCUCGCCCAUUCGACGACUUUCAUUGAAUGCUGUGAAUGUGAAUGUUGGAACACCGA